CUGGGAUGAAAGCUACACUACAGCGGGCCCCAGACCCAGUCGGUCUACCCCGUCGUUCCAAUUCGUUCCUUUCCGGGGUCUCAUCGACCAAAAGCAGAACAACCGAUGACGGUACCUAUUUACCUCCUCGGUAGUAUUCUGUUUCCAUUCGCAUUGGAUGUCUGCGUUGGACUAUAACUUGAACCAUCAGUGACAUGCCAUAUAACCGCCGACAACCUACUUGAAUUCCAUUUACACUGCUAAACUAUUUAGUAGCAUCUUACCUCUAGGACAGCUACCUCUAGCUACUUUACCUCCUACCGUUGAAGACCGAAUCCUCCCCGAGGAAGUUUGUCGGACCUCGAACGGAACUGCUGACAAGGGUCCGACCGACGGGAUUCAAGAACAAACCGAAAUCACAAGACGCCUAGACAAAAAGACUUUUCACACUACAUCUUGGAACGAGGUCGCUGUGUGCGGCGUGUCCAACAUUCAGCAAAUAGCAGCGCCACGCAAACCGUCGCAAGCUUCGCUCAGCCAAGACUUCGUCCACCAGCCAAACGACCUGCACCGCCCCCCUGCCCACCCCCAGCGUCAUCACCAUCGUAUCCGGAUCCGACUUGAAGAGGGCACUCGACCACCGAUUGCCUUCAACCUCUCCGAACAGCAACCCGCUUUGCGCAUCUCCAUACAAACACCGAAUACACAUCAGACAUCAUACGGCUUCGUAGCAGAAUAUGAGCUUCAGGGGCUUCCAAAAAAGCGUGGUCCGCGCACCACAACAAUUCAAGCAAAAGUUUAACCUCGGCGAGCAUACCAAAGACCCUGUCUACAUCGACUCGGAGCGCAGAUUCCAGGAGCUCGAAACCGAGACCAAACGCCUUCACGAUGAAAGCAAAAAGUACUUUGAGGCCAUCAAUGGCAUGCUGCAACACCAAAUCGAGUUCUCAAAGGCAAUGACCGAAAUCUACAAGCCCAUCAGCGGCCGCAUGUCCGAUCCCGAUUCGCUCGUUCCCCAUGGCAACUAUGAGGGUAUUGCCGCCUGCGAGGAGUACGAGGCCGUUGUCAAGGACCUGCAGGAAACACUGGCGCCAGAGUUGGAAAUGAUUGAGGCUAGGGUUAUUCGGCCAGCGAACGAGCUCCUCGAUGUGAUCAAGGUCAUUCGCAAAACGGCCGUGAAGCGCGAGCACAAGAAGCUGGACUACGACAGACACCGCGCCACCCUCAAGAAGCUCCAGGACAAGAAAGACCGGUCGGCAAAGGACGAGAAGGCCAUGUGGAAGGCUGAGAACGAAGUUGAGCAGGCCACGCAAGAGUACAAUUACUUCAACGAUCUGCUUAAGGACGAGCUACCCAAGCUGUUUGCCCUCGAACGCCAGUUCAUUCAGCCGCUUUUCCAGUCCUUCUACUACAUGCAGCUCAACAUCUUCUACACCUUGCACGAGAAGAUGCAGCACUGCGACAUUGGCUACUUCGACCUGACCCUGGACAUUGAGGAGGCCUUUUACGCGAAGCGAGGUGACGUCCAGGAGCGGGCUGAGGCUCUCUCCAUUGUCAAGUUCAAGACCACGGGUAUGAAGCGACCGCCCAAGUACCAACGUCCAGGCGCUCUCGAAGGAAACAAGCCAGCAGGCCUACUUACAGCUGGCUCCUCCACGACCACUUCCACCGGUCCGCCUGAGGCGGCUCCCUCAGUCACAGCCCCACGCCCCUGGGAACAGCAACAACAAGCUCCUGCCGUCACAGCACCGCGACCUUGGGAAACCCAGGCGGAAACAGUAGAAGCGCAUGCGCCGCCACCGUAUUCGGUGAAGCCGAGCACGCUACAUGCUACGCCCGCCUCCUACGCCGCUCCAGUUGCCAGCCCGAAACCCUCGUCGUUGUCCAUGGCGGCGGCUGCAAAGGCCAAGCCCCCACCGCCGAAGCCCAAGCCCAAGGCCCUCAUGGCGGCGGCACCCAAAGUAGAGACCGUCACAGCGCUUUACGACUACUCGGCGCAGGCGGAGGGCGAUCUGAGCUUCCGUGCCGGUGAUGUGAUUGAGAUAGUAACAAGGACUGCGAACGAGAAUGAGUGGUGGAUUGGAAAGUUGCAUGGAAAGCAGGGUCAAUUCCCAGGAAACUAUGUCCAGUUAAACAGCUAGAGGAUACAAGGCUACUUGUAAAUGUAGUUAUCAAAGAGUUGCUUUCAGCACACUUCACUUCUCAGCACGACUUCAACCUAUACCCCUUUUUUGUGGACCCGUUCAUGGUCGAGUUAUUCAUUUGCAACCACAACACGGAUUCUUUCUAGUUCGUCUACAUCGUACCAGGCCGUGACGUUCUGUAGCAGGGCCUUGGUGAUCCUAUACGGAUGCAAUGAUAUGCGGCAGGUGACUCUGUUGAGAAUAGUCAGGCAGGAGGAAACUCCGUCGCGAAGGAGGACCUGCGAGGAGCGUGGAGCGAGAGGGUCCCGGGUGUUUGCGUCUAGGGAAAUGGCGGGUGUAUUGUUUUGGAGCGAAGGAAGCAACGGAGUGAAAAGGUCACAGUGCAUUGGGUCAAACCUGGAAGUUUUGAUUAGAUGCGUUUUGCCAUGAUCGCCGUCGUGGUUUGUUCCCUUUAGGUUAGGUACUUGCCCGCGCGUCAAGCUUCCUCAGGUGAAGCUAAUUUCUAAUUUUGUUAACGCAACGACCACGCAGCUCAGCUUGAAUCUAGUGUCACCAACAACCGCUUGCCUUGUCAAAACUACCUGGCUCGGCUUCACCUCCUGGCUCGACUCCAAGGAUUCAGGUUUUUUUUUGGGAGGAAAGAAAGAUGUGUAUCAUAUCUGCUACUCAUCUACAGGUAGGUAUCACUGAAAGCCAUGGCAAGUGUACUGGAGGGUCCUUAUUGGAAAUACCGAUGUUGAAC